AAAACGGCCAAAAUCAGCCUCGAAUUCCCCCUCGAGAUCAUCGAGCAGUCGACUGUCGGAUUGUCAUGUUGGAAUCAGCAUAAAUAAUCUGCUUUCCCGGUCGAAUUGUCGGGAAAAAUUGUAUGACGGUCUGGUGUGUGUUUGCGUGCCUUUACAACACUGUCAAGGUCAACAGCCUUGAACAGGAAGGGCGCUUGCACCAAGAAGGGCGGAGACUCUGGUGAACUCGGGACCCUGAGGCUGUAGGCAGUGAAGCAUAGAUCUGUCUGAAUUCUCAGCAUUUCUCCCCUCAUCCUCUAGGCUCUAGUGGCAGAAAUAGGUAUUACUUGUAAGAGUGUGCUGACUCGAUCAAUUCUGAGCUCACAAUUCCCAAUAGCUGGCCAGAGGGUUGACAGGCACUUUCAGCUUUGAUCCAGAUUGUGCAUAGGCAGAAAUUAGUAAAAAGGCUCCGUCAGAAAUCUGCUUAGGUUUACGAAGAGUUCUGCAUCCGCCAAAAUGAGUAUUGGAGCAAAAUUGGUCGGCUUUUGGAACUCGCCAGUGGGUCCAAAGACAAUUCAUUUCUGGGCACCCACAUUCAAAUGGGGCAUCAGCCUGGCCAACGUUGCUGACAUGAGCAAACCUGUCGAGAAGAUAUCGUACCCACAGCAGACAGCCAUCACCGCUACGGGUGUCAUCUGGACCAGAUACUCAACACAAAUCAUUCCUGUCAAUUAUAACCUGAUGACAGUGAACAUGUUCAUGGCUGCUACAGGCCUUUAUCAAUUGGGGCGAAAGUUAAAGGCUGAGUAUAUGGACACGCCGGAAACAGCUGUAACAUUGCCCAAAGCCACUUAAUAGAACAACCCGCAACCAAUUUGUCCUUAGAAGCUCGCUGCCCGAGUUGUUGAUUAGGUUCUUAUUUCGGAUCACGAUUUUAAGCCGUGUCCUGAACGUCCUCACUGCUGCAUGCUUUGACGUUUGCGAAGGCUGGCUGCCACAAUAGAAAGAUAAAUUUGCGAAGCAUGUGCGUGCCACAAACAUGUCAAAUCAGGUGCAUGCGGUGGCCUAAUUGUCGGGGGCGCUGAUCAAUCAACUACAAC